UUCGAGCCAGCACGUGUAAUACCUGUCGGCGACGUCAAUUAUUUUUAUACAUUUUUAUUUAAUUUCAUUGGAAUUUAUUUUGUUCUUCUUUUGUUUCGUUUAAUAUAAGAAAAUGUUUCCUCAAAGUUCGCAAAAAAGAUUUUGGAUGUUUAAAGAUGAAAAUGAAUUAAAUGCUUUAAGAGAAAAAACAAAUGCAGAGUUCAUCAAUAAACAUGGUGCCAAUAUGACUCCACAGGAAAGAGAAGCACAUUUUCUCUCAGACAAUGAAGAACGUACAUUACUUAGAUUUUAUGAAUUACAACUGCGUGAUUUCUGUCGUCGUUUUACACCACCAAUGCCCAAAGCUACAGUUGCUACUGCGCUGCAUUACUUCAAGAGAUUUUAUUUGAGAAACAGUGUAAUGGAUUAUCAUCCAAAGGAGAUAUUGGUAACAUGCGUGUACUUAGCUUGUAAAGUAGAAGAAUUUAACGUAUCAAUAUCUCAAUUUGUUGCUAAUAUUAAAGGCGACAGAGAGAAAGCAUCAGAUAUUAUUCUUAACAAUGAAUUGUUACUUAUGCAACAAUUGAAUUAUAAUUUAACAAUUCACAAUCCGUUCAGGCCAGUUGAAGGAUUAAUGAUCGAUAUUAAGACUCGAUAUACUUCGUUAGAUAAUCCAGAGAAAUUGAGGCCACACAUUGAUGAAUUCUUAGAAAGAGUUUUCUUAACGGACAGUGUUUUAAUUUAUGCACCAAGCCAAGUUGCUUUAGCUGCAACUUUGCAUGCAGCGUCCAGAGCAUCAGCAAAUUUAGACAAUUAUGUUACUGAUAUAUUAUUUUCAAGUGAACAAUUAGGAGGCAUAAUAGAAGCAGUUAGAAAAAUAAGGUCAAUGGCUAAAUGUGUGGAACCACCUUCACGUGAUGUUGUAAGAGCGAUAGAAAAGAAAUUAGACAAAUGUAGAAAUCAAGAAAAUAAUCCUGACAGUGAAAUAUACAAGCAAAGAAUGCAAGAAAUGUUGCUAGAAGAGGAUCUACAAGAUGAUGAAAAAUAUGCCAAAAUUAUACAGGAUCAAGCGGCUCAUGAUGAAAAAACUUUAGGUGUUAAUAAACUCUUAUCUUCUCCAUCCGCUUUAUGAAAUAACUCUUUGUGUUCCUGAUGCCUAAAAUCUAAUCUCUGAGUAAGAUGAUGCGUGGGAUGACUUAAAGGAAUAUUAUGAAAAAUCGUAGAUUGUUGUCC